UGUAUAUGCAUGUGUGUGCUGCUAUGUCAUCAAGUUAUUACCAAUCAAUGGAGAACAAAGAUCUCUCUACUCCUUUCUUACCCUCUCAAAGCCACUCAAAAUAUGAUAACGAUGAACCCCAAUUCAUCAUCACUGUCCAUGACCCAGAAGCCCAAAAAGUUCCCAAUGGCCUUAAUUUCAAGAAUCUUGAUGACCCAUUUGAGUUUCUUGGAUCAAAAGGCUAUGAGAUGUUGGAUUCAACAACUGUGGAUCCAUUUAGGAAUGGGACUUAUAGUAUUGAAGGGGUUUAUGAGUGGUUAAAGAUUGGGAUUUGUUUGCCAAUUGCUUUGGUUAGGAUGGUGUUGUUUGGGGUUUGUUUGAGUGUGGGAUAUGUGGCUACAAAGAUUGCUCUUUUGGGGUGGAAAGAUAAGGAGAAUCCUUUGCCUAGGUGGAGGUGUAGGAUUAUGUGGGUUACCCGGUUCGCAACCCGGGGUAUUCUCUUUGCUUUUGGUUAUCAUUGGAUAAAGCGUAGAGGGAAGCCUGCUCCAAGGGACACUGCUCCUGUCGUUGUAUCUAAUCAUGUAUCAUAUGUUGACCCUAUCUUCUUUUUCUACGAAAUUUUUCCUACUAUCGUUGCUAGUGAUUCCCAUGAUUCCAUGCCCGUUGUUGGUACCAUCAUCAGAGCUAUGCAGGUUAUAUAUGUCAAUAGGUUUUCACCAUCAUCCAGAAAGCAUGCUAUUAGUGAAAUAAAGAGAAAGGCAUCGUCCAAUCGGUUUCCCAGAGUUCUUUUAUUUCCUGAAGGAACCACGACGAAUGGAAGAUCUCUCAUCUCUUUCCAACUAGGUGCAUUUAUUCCUGGAUAUGCUAUCCAACCAGUGGUUGUUCGUUAUCCCCAUGUCCACUUUGACCAAUCAUGGGGAAAUAUUUCACUGGCUAGACUUAUGUUCAGAAUGUUUACACAGUUUCACAAUUUCAUGGAGGUUGAAUAUCUGCCAGUUGUUAUGCCCCUGGUCGGUCAAAAGGAAAAUGCUGUGCAAUUUUGCAAGAGGACUUCUCAUGCUAUGUGUGUUGCUCUCAAUGUUGUGCAAACAUCUCAUUCCUUUGGCGAUGUGAUGCUUCUCGCCAAGGCAAAUGAGUCUAAACAGGUAAAUCCAUCACUAUAUAUGGUUGAAAUGGAAAAGGUGGCAAAGACAUACCAUAUAAGCUCUUCGGAAGCUGUGGAAUUUUUGGAUAAGUUUCUUUCAAUGAAACCAGACCUCAGUGGACAUGUUGGAGUAUGCAAUUUCUUAAGAAUUCUGAGAUUGAAGCGUUGUUAUUUUUCUGAAAAGGUAUUUGGAUUUAUUGAUAUGAAGAAGACCGGUCGGAUAACAUUUAAAGAGUUUCUGCUGGGAUCAGCUCAUGUUCUAAAGCAUCCAUUGUUCCGUAGAGCUUGUGAAUUGGCAUUUACAGAAUGUGAUAUUAGUGGAAACCAUAACAUUUCAGAGCAAGAAUUCGGAUGUUCCAUCAUAAUGGCAAUGCAAAACUUGAAAGAAGAUGAGAUCCAUGAACUCUUCAUUUUGUUCGAUUUCAACAGUGAUGGGAGGAUUUGCAGGGAUGAUUUCAUGGCUUGCUUAAGACAAAAUCCUUUACUUAUCUCACUUUUCGCACCUCGACUAUUGCAACUAGACUUGUCUUCUAAAGUCUGUGAACGGACAACGGAAAGUAUGGGUCCAUGAACAACGGUAUUGGAUUCAGUUUUGAUAUAGUGAAAGAUAGGGUGAAGCUGUUUUAUCCCUUUCUUUCAGUAACAGAAUAUAGAGUUAGAGAAAGCUUGUUGGAUCUGUAAUUUGUACUUAAUUUUAUAGCUAAUUUUAUUAAAUAUGUAUCGAGUAAUAACAAGGAUGGGAGAACAACUCGAUCAUCAUUUAGCCUGUACGAGCAGUCCCUGUUCCAGUUAUAUAUUAUGAUACUAUUUUUAUAA